UAAUAAAUAUUUAUUUGAAGUUUUAACAAAAUUAAAUAAAUAAAUACUUCCUUCCAUCGGGACAAAGAGGAAGGAGCUGGACGACGUUAAUGAUGAUUUCUUAGAUUCCUCUGUCCUCUCCUGCUCGAACGAUUCGCCGACUGGUGCUUCAAGAAUAAGAUUCGGAAUUACCCCCGAUAGUCGAGGAAGAACUGGCGGAUAUUCAUCCGUUGGUGGGUGUUACUGGUGGCGAAGAGGAGGUGGGUUCAGAUAUCCAUGCACAAGCUGAGAAUGAGGAUACCUCUUUGCCUUCAUAAUUCCAGGAAACUUGGAAGAACAGGUUUAGAAAAUGGGAAUGAAAAACCACAUAGCAGAGACCAAAAGGAAGUUCUUAAGGUUUCUCCUUAUUUUCGUGCGGCCACUGGGCAGCAAUUGGGGAUGGAUGAGAUAGAGGCUCCUAAACCAUGCCAAAGAGCUGGUCUUGCUGUUCGAAAUGUCUCCCUCUGCUUCCAGAAGGUACCCAGGGAAGAAGAAGCUGCUGAUAGCAGCAUGACUAAGAGCAAAGAUGGGCAGAAUAAGUCGCUAAGGAAGACAAAAACGUCAUGUCAAGGAGCUGGUCUUACAGUAAAUGUGUCUCCCUACUUCCACAAGGUGCCCAAGGAAGAAAAGGAGUCUGCAGAUAGCAGCUUAUAUGACAGCAAUGGUGGGCAAAAGAAAUCAUCAAAUAAGAGCAAAAAGGCAUCUGAAAGGACUGGUAUUGCAGUUCGAAAUGUCUCCCCCUACUUCCAGAAGGUACUCAAGGAAGAAAGAGCUGCAGAUAGCAGCAUGACUAACAGCGAAGAUGAGCAGAAUAAGUCGUCAAGGAAGACCAAAAAAUCAUGUCAAAGAGCUGGUCUUACAGUAAAUGUUUCCCCCUACUUCUGGAAGGUGCCCAAUCAAGAGAAGGAAUCUACAGGUAGCAGCUUAACUGACAGCAAUGGUGGGCAAAAGAAAUCAUCAAAGAAGAGCAAAAAGGCAUCUGAAAGGGCAGGUAUUGCAGUUCGAAAUGUCUCCCCCUACUUCCAGAAGGUACCCAAGGAAGGAGCUGCAGAUAGCAACUUGACUGACAGCAAUUGGGGGCAGACAAAGUCAUCAAAAAAGAGAAAAAAGCUGUGUGAAGGAGCUGGUCUUGCAGUUCCAAAUGUCUCGCCCCACUUCCAGAAGAUAUGCAAGGAAGAAGAAGCUGCACAUAACAGCUUGACCGACUGCAAUGAUGGGCAGAAAGAGUUGUCAAAGAAGAGCAAAAGGCCUUGUAAAAGAGCUGGUCUUGCAGCUCGAGUUGUAUCCCCAUACUUCUGCAAGGUACCCAAGGAAGAAGAAGCUGCAUGUAGCAACUUGACUGCUAGCCAUAGUGGGCAGAAAGGGUCAUCAAAGAAAAGCAAAAAGCCAGGUGAAAGAGCUGCUCUUGCAGUUCGAACUGUCUCCCCUUACUUCCAGAAGAUACCCAAGGAAAAAGAAGCCGCAGAUAGCAGCUUGAAUGAUGCCAAACAUGGGCGGAAAAACUCUUCAAAGAUGGGCAAAAGAUCAGGGAGUAUUAGUAAUGUUCUCUCUAGUUCCCAAAAGCGAAGUGAGGCUUAUCGAAGAAAAACUCCAGAUAACACAUGGAAGCCACCACGAUCUGAAGUUGGACUUCUCCAAGAAGAUCAUGUGCAUGACCCUUGGAGAGUGCUGGUGAUAUGCAUGCUGCUUAAUUGCACAACUGGUACGCAGGUACGAAGAGUUAUAACAGAUUUCUUCACUCUGUGUCCUGAUGCAAUGACUGCCACUGAGGUGAAAACACUAGAGAUUGAAAACAUAAUUGAAUCUCUAGGUUUGCAUAGAAAGAGGGCGGUGAUGAUACAACGCUUAUCGCGGGAGUAUUUAGGGGAUGAUUGGACCUAUGUGACUCAGCUGCACGGUGUAGGAAAGUAUGCUGCUGAUGCAUAUGCAAUAUUCUGUACUGGGAAGUGGAAUCAGGUGUGUCCAAAUGAUCAUAUGCUAAAUUACUAUUGGGAUUUUCUUCACAGGAUCAAGAAUGCCUCAUGAUAGAUUUUAUUUUUGUUUGUUCACAACUGAUUUGAUAUUUAAUGAGAUGUAUGUAUAUAGACCUGUGUCUUUUUGGAAGGAAAGAAGUAGGAACAGUUUUUGGUU